AUGACGCAAACCGCGCUGUAUUCAAACUUGUAAUCAACAAGGAAGCAAUUUAUAGCCGUUGUGUUAAGAUACUGUCAAAACGAAAGCUCCAGAUUUUGCUUGUCUUGCUAGCUAGAUACAAAAAUAUUCCACCUUUACACUCCAGACAUGGCGGCGAAAGGCGCAAAGGAGAUCAUCGUCAACAAGCUGGGCUUCAAGUCCAACAGCGCCAAGGCUGAGAUGGAGAUGGACAGACUCCGCAAGGAAAAUGCUCAUCUGCGGAGGAAGGUGGACGAGGUAUCCAAACGAGUUGCCAAACCUCCAGAUUCGGACAAAAGCAAACUUCUGGAGAGGAUUCUGUCCCUGGAGACACUGAGAGAGAGGAACAGCCAACAGCUACUAGUGAAGGAACAAGAAAUGGAGACCCUCAGACAGCAACUAUCUUCUAAGGGAGGAGAGUUGGUGGCAUCUCUGCAGUCUCAGUUGGAGCAGCGUAGGAGGGAGGCUGAGCAAAAAGACAAACUCUAUCAGUCUCUGUCAGAGGAGACAGAGAACCUGAAGAACAAGUUUGCGGCUCUUUCUGCCCGAUGUCAGGCCCUGGAGAAACAGGACCCUGUUGCUUUACAGAACGGCCACGUUCCAUCUGGGGACCUAGUAGUGGUCCACGACCAGCUGAGAGAUGCCCUGGAGAAGAACCAGCAGUGGCUUGUUUACGACCAUCAGAGAGAGGCCUACGUGAAGGCUGUCUUGGCCCGCACCCUGGAGCUGGAACAGCAGCUCAGCACAGCCAACACAGCCCUGCAGGCGCUCCAGCAGACCCAGCAUUCAGAUGCCAGCACUGAUGAGAAAUCCCAGGCCCAGGCCCGUAUGCAGGAGCACUGCAACCAGCUGCUGCAGGGGGCCAAGAGGGAUGCCGAGGGCCAGCGGGAGCAGGCCAGCAGGGCCCAGGCUGAGCUGGGGGAGCUGCAGAGGAGGUAUGAGGAGAGGAGCCUCCAGCUGGAGGAGACUCGGGAGCAGCUGCAAGCUGAACGCCAUAGCAACAGACACACUGUGAGCGAGGAGAGGAAGUGCUCGACAGAGAGGACUGACAGGAUGCGGGUGGAGCUGGAGAGUAUGGACGUCAGGCUGGAGGAGGAGAGGAAACGCUCUGCUGAGCUGCUGCUACAGGUGAAUCUCCUUCAGAAGUCUCUGCUGAGCCAGAAUGAGGAGAAGAGGAGAAUGGCUGUGCUGGAACAGCAGAACAAACGUUUCAGUGACUUUGUGGACAAGCAGACAGGCUACAAGACCAAGAACAUGCUUACAUAUCCCAUCCUGGCUGAAAAAGAAUGCCUGGGUGUUGUUAUGGUACUCAACAAGAUCGGAGCCAAUGAAUUCAGCAAGCAGGAUGAAGACCUCUUCAACAAGUACAUGACCUUUGCAACAGUUAUAGCCCUCCAGCAUCACACCAUGUACAUGUUCAACGUGGAGUCUAGAAGGAGUCAGGUGCUUCUGUGGUCUGCCAGCAAGGUAUUUGAGGAGUUGACAGACAUUGAGAGACAGUUCCACAAAGCCCUCUAUACUGUGAGAAUCUACCUCAAUUGUGAACGCUACUCCGUUGGCCUGCUGGACAUGACCAAAGAAAAGGAGUUCUACGACGAAUGGCCUGUAAAACUGGGAGAUGUGGAGCCAUACAAGGGGCCAAAGACCCCAGACGGAAGGGAAGUGAUCUUCUACAAGAUCAUCGACUAUCUCCUGGAGGGAGAGAAAGAGGAAAUCAAAGUCAUACCGGGACCUCCAGUUGACCACUGGGCUCUUGUCAGUGGGCUGCCGACCUAUGUGUCUGAGAAUGGCUUUAUCUGCAACAUGAUGAACGUUGCUGCUGAUGACUACUUUACAUUCCAGAAAGAGGCUGUUGACGAUAAGGGAUUCGUCAUAAAGAACGUCUUGUCGCUUCCCAUUGUCAACAAAAAGGAAGAAAUAGUUGGCAUUGCCACCUUCUUCAACAGGAAGGAUGGCAAACCUUUUGACGAGCACGACGAACAGAUCACUGAGGCCCUCACCCAGUUCCUGGGCUGGUCGGUGCUGAACUGUGACACAUAUGAUAGGUUGAACAAGAUGGAGAACAGGAAGGAUAUUGCCCAGGAGAUGCUGUUGUGCCAGACUAGGUGCACCAAUACUGAGAUGCAAAGCAUCCUGAACACUAAGGAGAAGUUUGAUCAGGACCCUGAAGACUGUGACCAGAAGGAGAUGUACAAACUAUUGAGAGCCACCUGUCCUCUGGCCAAAGAUGUGGAUCUGUUAGAGUUUCACUUCAGUGACUUCCCUGUGACAGAGCACAACCUCAUUAAAUGUGGAAUCCGUUGCUUCUUUGAACUCAACAUUGUGGAGAAGUUCAAAGUGCCUGCAGAGACUCUGACACGAUGGAUGUACACUGUCAGAAAGGGUUACCGUGACAUCACCUACCACAACUGGAGACAUGGUUUCAAUGUGGGCCAGACUAUGUUCUGUCUGCUACAGACAGGGAAACUGAGGAGGUACUACUCCGACCUGGAUGCCUUUGCCAUGGUGGCCGCUGCAUUCUGCCACGAUAUUGACCACAGAGGGACCAACAAUCUCUACCAGACUAAGAGUGGUUCUCCCUUGGCUCGCCUCCAUGGCUCCUCCAUCAUGGAGAGGCAUCAUCUGGAGUACAGUAAGAGUCUCAUGGCUGAGGAGAGCCUGAACAUCUUCUGCAACCUCCAAAAGCGCCAGUUCGAGACCGUCCAGCACUUAUUUGACGUCUGCAUCAUUGCCACAGAUCUGGCCUUGUACUUUAAAAAGAGAACAAUGUUCCAGAAGAUUGUUGAUGCCACUGAGCCCAUGGUUGAGGCGGAUGCGAUUGCCCACAUUGCCAACAAUGCCAUCAGAAAGGAAAUUGUCAUGGCCAUGAUGAUGACAGGCUGUGACUUGUCUGCUAUCACCAAGCCCUGGGAGGUCCAGAGUAAGGUUGCUCUGAUGGUAGCUGCAGAGUUCUGGGAGCAGGGAGACCUCGAGAGAAGCGUUCUGGACCAGCAGCCCAUUCCCAUGAUGGACAGGAACUGCUCAGCUGAGUUACCCAAGAUGCAGUGCGGUUUCAUUGACUUUGUCUGCUCAUUUGUGUACAAGGAAUUUUCCAGGUUCCAUAAAGAGAUCACUCCCAUGUUUGAUGGCCUGAACAACAACAGAGUGCACUGGAAGGAGCUGGCUGACAUCCACGCAGCCAAGAUGGCCAAGAUUGAGGAGGAGAAAAAGAAACUGGAAGACGCAGACAAGAAAGGAGAUGCAGGAGAUGGAGGAAAGUCCAAAACAUGCAUCAUCUCUUAAGGUCCACUCCCAUCGGGCCUCCCACGCGACCGAGGAAACCGCUGGUAAAUCAUCCUCUCCUGAGUGAGAGCAGAAAUCACGUCUGAUAUGUCUGAAUACUACAGAAUGUCUCAGUAAUAUUAAAACAUCAAAAACAAAGAUAUUACAGAGUGGAAAUCUGUAGAGAUAGAAACUGUACAAUCCUCAGGUUCCUCAAACCCAAGACUACCCAAACUUGAGACAAGCAGCCCCACCAACCUGGGCUGAUGAUGAUAGUCUCGAUGCUCAAAAAUAUAAGCGCUUAUGAGCCUUGUAAGGGUAUGUUAAUGUUAAUAUGCAAAGAAGUUAUAUUUUUUGAUUGUCAGAUAUUUUCUACUUUGUGUUUUAAGAGCAGAGUUAAGCCUCACAAUCUUCUAGUGUGUACAAUCUCAAUAUUGAUUGACUUGAAUAUGCAUUCAAGCAUCAGGUAAUGCAUAUGUGUAUUGUAAACUUUGGAAACAAUACUGUAAACUGCACUUUUGAUCUAUGAACUGAGAAUGUUAUUGCUACUUGGAAUAUACACAAUAUCACAUUUAUACCUACUUGAUCCGUAGCAAGGAUUUUAAUUAAAUAAUCGUUCAAAGGUGAUGACAUACAUCUUACAAGUUCCAAAGGAAUAUAGUUUUAUCACCUAGUAACUAAAUAAAACAUAAACAUUUAAAAUGAUGAAAUGUCCUUGAUUGACGUGUAAACUAUAUGUAAAACCUUUUUUCUCUCACGCUUGCUAGGAGGUGUCAAAUCACCCAGUCAAUCUUUGGUAUCUUUAGAACCUGACUAAGCAGAUCUGAUGAGAUUUGAGUUUGAAUUCCAGCCAGAUUCAAAGGUUCACACAGCUAUACAUUUUAAAUACCCUGCUUACCAAAGAUCAAGCGGAGACUUCUUAAGUCCUCUCAUCCUAUCUUCUGUGGAAUGGGCCUUGUGUGUGCUAUAUGGGAGAAACACAAACUAACAUCCUGUAGAUGCAGAAUGGGCCAAGUUCUAUUACAGGUGUACAAGACAGUACUUUGCUCAUGCCCAAAGGGUCAUGAUAGACACAUUGCGCAUAGGGUUCAUUAUUUAUGAAUGAGUAGUGUCUUAAAAGUCUACAAUAUUUCUGUACAAUUCCCUUUAACAAACAAUGUCCUUUAGCUAAUUAGACCCCUCUCUGUGUGUAUGUUGGUCUAUCGGUCUUGAGACACAAUUAGAACCAUGACAUCUAACUAAUCAGGAACUAGAAAGGUUGACUAUCUUAAGCAACCUGUCUUCUCCUCUAAUCAAUGGAAAAUCAUUGAAAGGCUCUAAUCCAAUCAGAGUGGAUUUGACAGCACUGAAACUCUGUUCCUGGAGUUACUGGGCAGACAUCUAUUGUAUGGAUUCUAAAGGAUGUAUUGUAUAUCUGCUAAUUCUAUUGAGUUGUCAUUGAGAGAGAUUAGAAAUGUAACAUUUGAUGUCCUAUGAAAUGAGCUUUACUGUAUGUAUGUGUCAUAAGCAGUACUCUGUAAACAAAUAAAAGCAAUAAAUAAAGUUAAAUGGAUCAGGGUCUCAUGUUUGUGAGA